AUUUUUUAUUCCAGCAAACAAUGUUAAGAGUAAAGGAUCCUAAGAAGUCACUAGAUUUUUAUACAAGAAUUCUUGGAAUGACACUGCUUCAAAAAUUUGACUUUCCUCCUAUGAAGUUCUCGCUCUAUUUCCUGGGAUAUGAAGAUAAAAAUGAUAUUCCAAAAGACAAAACUGAGAGAACACCUUGGACCUUCUCUAGAAAAGCUACACUUGAACUGACACACAACUGGGGUACUGAAAAUGAUGAAAAUCAGGCUUACCACAAUGGCAAUUCAGAUCCCCGAGGAUUCGGACAUAUUGGAAUUGCUGUUCCUGAUGUCAAUAAAGCUUGUAAGAGGUUCGAAGAACUAGGAGUGAAAUUUGUGAAGAAACCAGAUGAUGGUAAAAUGAAAGGACUUGCAUUUGUUCAGGAUCCUGAUGGCUACUGGAUUGAAAUUUUGAAUCCUAAUCACAUGGUGACUCUCACUUAGUUCUAAUGAAGUGUAUUAUGUGAGACGCUCGCUUUCAGUCCCCUGGAGAAAAUCUGUAACAGUGUUUAUGAAAUUCUCACUUAAUGGAGAGGAAUCAGUUGUAUUCAGAAUCUCCUUAAAACUAUCCCCUGGGACUUUGCUGUACUUGGAUUCUUUUCUUCCCGUCCUGUGAUGCCACUGCAGUUUGUUCCCGAUUAGGAAUACUCAAUCAUUUUUUGGAAAAGUUCUUACACAGAUUCUCCUCUUGAACACUGAUUGUGUUAAUAUUUCACUAAACCCUAUCAAAAGAUA